AUGAACCCAUGCAGCAUCAUCAGCAGCAGCAGCAGCAGUAACAUCAGCAGCAGCAGCAGCAGUAACAUCAGCAGCAGCAGCAGCAAGUGCAGCAGCAGCAACAGCAGCAACUGGAGCAACAGCAGCAACUGGAGCAACAGCAGCAGCAACAUCAGCAGCAGCAGCAGCAGCAGCUGGAGCAGCAGCAGCAGCAGCAGCUGGAGCAGCAGCAGCAGUAGCAUCAUCAUCAUCAGCAGCAGCAGCAGCAGCAACAGCAGCAGCAGCAACAGCAGCAUACCCUUUGGUUUUCUCUAUCAAGACUUGAGGGGGAUGUCCAGCAGAUAA